UGAGAAACACUGCCCCGCGUGUGUGUGUGUGUGUGUGUGUGUGUGUGUGUGUGUGUGUGUGUGUGCGUUUGAGGGCGACUGUGAAAGCGCAUCCAUUCAGUCGAGCUCGGGGAGGAACUCAAGGAGAUGCUUUGAGGGUCCUCCACAGCUGUUUACUUCUGAGAAGACAAGUGAAGGGAAGAGUUAUGGCGGGGGAGAAGAGUUCUCCAGAAGACGGUCACUCUUCCAGAGUCAUUAGGGUGGUGUUUUUUGCCCUUCUGCUGGACCUGCUGGGCUUCACCCUAAUACUCCCCCUGCUUCCCUCCAUCUUGGACCACUACAGUCAAACAGGGGAUGGUGUGUACCAGUCAUUACAAAGCAUUGUGGACUGGUUCAGAGAGAUCGUAGGAGUUCCCAUGGAAACAAAAUACAACAGUGUACUUUUUGGGGGUCUGAUCGGCUCGCUCUACUCUCUGCUGCAGUUCCUUUCUUCUCCUGUGAUUGGAGCUGCCUCAGAUAAGCAUGGGAGAAGACCACUGCUGCUGUUAACUACUGUGGGGCUGAUAUUCUCUUACAUUCUGUGGGCAGUUUCCCACAGCUUCAGUAUUUUCCUCAUGUCUCGUGUAGUGGGAGGACUUUGUAAGGGCAAUGUUAGCCUCUGCACUGCUGUUGUGGCUGACCUGCCUUGCCCUAAAGCAAGAAGCAAAGGAAUGGCCAUGAUUGGUGUUGCCUUCUCCUUGGGCUUCACUCUAGGUCCAAUAAUGGGAGCCUACUUUGUGCUAAAACUGGUGGAUACUGAGCUUUUCUACCAGGGCCCUGCUUUACUGGCAGUGUUCUUUUCCAUAGCAGACCUGCUCUUCAUCUUUCUCAUGCUACCAGAAACUUUGCACAAGGACAGCAAGGGCUCCUCAGUCAGCUCAGGUGUUCAGGAGGUUGGGGACCUACUCAGUCCAGUGUCCCUUUUUAACUUCUCUGCAGUCACAAGAACAAAAGAACCACCAUCGAGACAACGAAUGCACAACCUUAAAGUUAUGGGCUGGGUUUACUUCACAUACCUCUUCCUUUUCUCUGGGCUGGAGUUCACUCUGAGCUUCUUGACCCAUCAGCGCUUUAAGUUCUCCAGUAUGCAGCAGGGUAAGAUGUUCUUCUUCAUUGGCAUCACCAUGGCAGCAUUCCAGGGUGGAUAUGCCCGCAGGAUCCAACCAGGCCGUCAGAUCCAGACAGUCCGCAUGGCAAUAAUAGUACUUAUUCCAGCCUUCCUGCUCAUUGGCUUUGCACAGAAUUUGGCAGUGCUCUACAGUGGCCUAUUUUUGUAUUCCUUUGCGGCUGCUAUUGUUGUGCCAUGUCUUUCAGCACAAGUCUCUGGACACGGCACUGCCAGUCAGAAGGGCACAGUGAUGGGUAUUCUUCGUAGUCUGGGAGCGCUGGCUCGAGCACUGGGGCCAAUUGUGGCCUCCUCAGUGUACUGGCUGGCUGGAGCUGAGAUGUGUUUCAUCAUCAGUUCGGUCCUCUUCAUUGCUCCUUUGCUCUUACUGAGCAGAUUAGAGAGGCACAAAGAGGACUAAGAACAACAGUGCUGCUUUCAGAUAAAUUCUUACAAGCAGCUUUUAUAUUUGCCUUUUUUGAACAUUAUUAUAGCCUUAUUGUGGAAUGCAGAUGCUUUUUUACUUUGUAAUGUUUACAUAUCAUACGGUACUGCAACUACCUAAAGGUUAACAGUGUAAUUCCUGUUUUCAGUGACAACAGAAACACUAUGACCAAGCCAUGUCAGGCAAAACAUUCAAUUAAAAGCAAAUAAUCAAAGUAGUUCAUUAGUACACAGAUAAUCUGACAGUAUAUUUUGGAACAGAGCAAACACUGAGAAGUCUUUUAUAUUUUUGUCUUUUGUAAAUGCCAGUAAAGAUGUUUUAUAAUGAAGAAAUAAAGAUGUAAAAUAUGUUUAUAGUGUU